CUUGGUUUCUUCUGUUGAACAUAAAACGUUCGUAGGUUUCGUUAGCUUCUCCGAUGAUGAAGUUGUCGAACGCUCGAAUAAUCUGGUUGACUGUCGCGUCUUCAGCCAGUUGGAAUGUGUUGUAUGCAUCCAGGGCGUCAUCAUCAAGGCAAUGAAUGAAAAGUGCUUUCUGCUUUACUGUGGAGAUUGAGCUGAAGUCCGUAAUCACGGUGUAGGUCUCCCAGCGUUGUUUAAAGAUUUUCCAAUUCUUCACUGCGUUGUUCCCUAACGUCAUGCGGUCGGGCAUUUUCAAUGCCGCCAUUUUCGUGUAGGUAGGUUGUGAGUUGCUCUCUUCCAUCUUCACAUUCAAUUGAUACUGUCCGCUGCCACCAUGUUACGUUUGCUAGUCGUAUGACUAAGUCCAGGCUAGCUAUAAGGAUGAAGAUGAGCAGGGACGAGACCAUAGGUUUAGGGAACUGUAUUAGGUGGAAUCUGGUAUACAACUAAAGUAUGAAAGGCUUGCUGGCCUUACAUGACCUACUAUUGACAGCAUAGUAGUUCUACUCUAAUUUGUUCAAUACGUAAACACGUAACAGUCUCCAUUGCGGAGCUCUACCUGAAGAAGUUCUACGACCUACUGGUUGGCCGCGCCAACGCACCUGGCAAUGGGCCUUUGACGGUCGUAAAACACGUUUCUGGCGACUUCUAUCUGCGGGGCCUCACAGAGGAAGUUGUCGAGACCGAGGAACAGCUACUCUCACUGCUGCAACGAGGCGAGAUGAACCGGCAGGUGUGGCCAACCCCCCGGAAUGCCCGCAGCUCCAGGUCACACGUCAUCUUUAGAAUCAGAGUCGAGUAUACGGAGGCGGGUUCUUCAGAUGGCGGCGUGGCUGCGAGAGGGGCGCACCUCCUAAUCGUCGACCUUGCAGGGUCUGAGAAGAUGGCGAACACUGGCAGCACCAAGGAUGAAACCUCCAAUGAAGGAAAAAAUAUCAACCUAGACCUAUGCUUUCUGAAAACGGCCGUUACACAGCUGAGUAGAGGAUCCGUCGCCACUUAUCGCGGCAACUCUUUGACGCCGCUGCUUCGAGGCUCAUUAGAGGGCAACGUCCGACUCAGCAUCCUGUGCACAGUCGACUUCUCCUCUGCAAAUGAGACGAGAGAUACGCUAAGCUUCGCAUCGGCGGCUAGAAGUGAGCAACGUCUGGCGGUCCCCUCUGUGCAGGGGGGUACCAGACGUGUAUCCCCCCGAAACCUGCCUGCCUCCAAUGACAAUUAUAAAGUUGAUAAUCUUCAUGCAUGCCCAUACUGCGAUAAAACUUGUACCACUAAAGGCAAUCUACAAGCUCAUAUCAAAUCACGCCAUAAAGAACAAUACAAUUAAACUAAAACUAAAAAACGCCCCCUCCUCCUCCUCCUUCUCCUUCAUCCGAUGGCUAGAAGAAGACAAAUCCCAUUUUAUUCAAGUGAGUAAAUUUCUACAUACUAUCCCCUAUUUUUAUGUCAAUUUAUCCCAAAUUUUCAAUUUUGAUAGUACUUCUUUUCAUAUUCUCACUUCUGUUUAUAAACAACAUUGCACUUUAUUUCGAAAAA